CUUUCCUGUAAAAAACGCAUCGACCAGAUCUCCUCCUCCCUCUCUCCAACAUCACUCUCUUCUUCCAUUGGCCAACCAUAUCGACAUCUCCACAUCGCGGAAACCCGACUCGGAAGGACUUUGGAAUUCGCUGUUAACAAUCAAUAACCCAACAACACCGACAUUGACAGACUCAAACAUCAAUCAUGCCUCGCGAUCGCAACGACAACACCGUCUCGUUGCACGUCAGCGGAUUCAAGGAAAACACUCGUCCGAGCGAUUUGGCCUCUCUCUUUGAGGCUUUUGGGCGCAUUGCCGAUGUAUACAUCCCUAAAGAUUACUACACCGGCCAGUCCCGCGGCUUCGCAUAUGUCCAGUAUCAAGAUGAGGACGAUGCGCGACGCGUCCAUGAAACCAGGGAAGAAUUCGUUCUCGAUGGACGCAAGCUCGAAGUCCAGUUCGCCCAGGGAAGAAGAAAGACCCCUAACCAGAUGAGAGGACAAGGGCGUGGAACGCGCCGCUCCAGGUCUCCGGAUCGCUAUCGCCCAAACCGACGCUACUCACGCUCGCGCUCUCGCUCUCGAUCCCCUGCUCGCCGUGACCGUCGCCGCGAUAGCCGCAGCCCUGUGCGUCGUGGACGUUCCCGUUCCAGGACACCUCCUCGCCGUCGCUCAGUUUCUCCCAGACGUCGCCGUUCGCCAUCGCCUCGCCGCCGUUCUCAAUCUCGUUCGCCUCGUGGACGCAGCAACUCUCAUGCCCAUCCUAGUCGCUCCCGUUCUCGCUCGCACUCCCCUAGACGCACCCGUCGUUAUACACCCAGCCCUGAGAGAGGCGCGCCCAAGAUGAGCAAUGGAAUGGAGUCAAUGGACGUGCCAAUGCCUCAUGCGCGCCAGGAGCAUGGAGAGGGUGCAGAACAAGGUGAACUUGUGGAAUUCCAGUAAGAUACAUACGAGGAAUUGAACCGGUCGUUGUUUGUAACCGGCUAUUAUUUUGCGCCUGCAAUAGCUUGGUUUUUAUUUCUUAUAUUUUUUCUUGAGCUGUUGAAUAAAUAAAACGAGUUGUGCCUCCGGCG